GGUUUCAUUUGGCUCCUUGUUUCUCGUUCCCGUCACUUGCUUGCGCUUGCGGAGCCGACAUUGCUGUUUUCUAUGAUUGGCUCCGAAGUGGAGUUUGUUUAUGUCGGCGGACGCUGCAAGUUGGCUGCUGAUUUGGAGCCAAUCUCUUUGUUGAAGGGCGACGCUGUUCAGCUCAACAAGGCGAUUCAGGAACAAAGGAAGAGGGAAGAGGAGAGAACGCGCUUGCGUAGGGCAGCCCGUUUGCGCAAGAAGGUGGUAGAGUAUUUGACAAGAUACGACUUUGAUCCUCAAGAUGUGAACGCCGGCGCUUGGUGUGCAACAUCGUGCUUUGGAUGGAAAUCCUACGUGCUUCCGUUACACAAGGCUGUGGAGGAGAAUCGCACAGACAUGAUUCUUGUGCUCUUAGAGUUUGGUGCCGAUCCCAUGUUGCGAGAUGGUAAAGGGCGCAACGCGUACUACCACGUCCGCUCCGAUGCGCAGCGUAUUCAAAUGCAGAUGCAACACCUGAAGAUACGCGAAGAAGGCAGCUUGAAACUGUCUGAGUGAAGGAGCACAAUUCCAAAAUGGGUGUGUCUGAAAAUGGCGG